AUGAAAUUCUUUGAUGUUGCCGUCACAUACACCGCAGACCAAUUCCAAGGGAUCUAUCGAGGAAAGCAAUAUCACGAACCAGAUUUUGCAGAAGUCCUGAAAAGAGCCCAAGACCAUGGAUGUGAAAAGACCAUGCUCACCACAAUCACUCUGGAAGGCGCAAAGCAGAACUUGCAGGCAGUGCGGGAGUUCCCUGCCAUGUGCAAGAUGACCUUGGGUGUGCACCCGUACCAUGCGGCCGAGAUCUAUGAAAAGCCAGAAUCACAAUAUCUCAACGAGCUCCGUGAACUGGGUGAAAAACUCUUAGCCGAAAAUCCCUCGCCCCUCGCUGCGUUUGGUGAAAUUGGCUUGGAUUACGAGUACCUGAAUCGGGCCGAUAAGGGAACGCAGCAACGCGCAUUCCGCGAGCAAUUGGAGCUUGCUGUGCAAUUUCAAUUACCGCUCUUCUUGCAUGUUCGUGAAUCAGCCGAGGACUUUAUUUCCAUCAUUAAACCUUUUUUGCCAAGACUGCCGCGUGGUGGACUGGUGCAUUCUUUUGCGGGGACGAAGGGGGAGAUGCUUCAGCUCGUGGAACUGGGUCUUGAAAUUAGUGUCAACGGUAUCUCGUUCCGGACGGAUGAGCAGUUGGAAAUGGUUAGACAUAUUCCAUUAGACAAGCUGCAACUAGAGACUGAUGCACCGUGGUGCGAGGUCUUGUCUAAUGAUCCCAAAAUCGCAGCUUACCUGGAAACUGCGAGACCUCUGCCGGCGAGUCGGAAGCAUAACAAGUUUAUACGUGGUCAAAUGGUCAAGACACGCAAUGAAAGUUGUUAUAUGGAGCAUGUGGCAUUAGUUGUGGCGGGUUUGAAGGGCAUUGCUAUGGAAGAAGUUGUUGAGGCUGCUUGGAAUAAUAGUAGUCGAAUGUUUUGGUUGUGA